CAAGCCCUAACGGCGAUGUUUUGGUGAAAACAAAUAGUGCCUCGAAAAGGGACGUAAGCACGUCUAAAACAUGACAUUUCGGUGGAGUGAGACAUAGAGCGGCGCUGCGGGUGAAACGACGGACGUCGUCGACGUAUUUUUUUUUUUUUUUUUUUUUUUGCGCUGAGUCCUUGUCUGUUUCUCCGCAUGUCCGCUUUCCUCGUAGAUGGUCUGCGGCGAGCGUUGUCUAACGGCGCACGACAAGCUGUUGACGAGUAACAUGAAGGAGAUGAUCGGCGGUUGCUGCGUGUGUUCUGACGAGCGCGGCUGGGCGGAAAACCCGCUGGUGUACUGUGACGGCCACGGCUGCAACGUCGCCGUGCAUCAAGCCUGCUAUGGAAUUGUUCAGGUGCCGACUGGUCCGUGGUUCUGCAGAAAGUGCGAAUCCCAGGAGAGAGCGGCCCGUGUGAGAUGUGAGCUCUGUCCCCACAAAGAUGGGGCCCUCAAGAGGACAGACAACGGAGGCUGGGCCCAUGUGGUUUGCGCCCUGUACAUCCCCGAGGUGGAGUUUGCCAAUGUCUCUACUAUGGAGCCCAUAGUUCUGCAAUCUGUCCCCCAUGAGCGCUACAACAAGACAUGUUACAUCUGUGAAGAGCAGGGCAGAGAGAGUAAAGCUGCCACCGGAGCCUGCAUGACCUGCAACAAACACGGUUGCAGACAGGCCUUCCAUGUCACAUGUGCCCAGUUUGCAGGGUUAUUAUGUGAAGAGCAAGGCUCAGAUGCAGAUAAUGUCAAGUACUGUGGAUACUGCAAAUACCAUCACAGCAAAUUGAAACACAAGGAGCGAGACAGACACAAACCGAAACACAAGAAAGGCUCUUUGGACAUGUCGCCCUCACUUGUUCUUCCAAAUAUCAUGGUCCACGACAAGACCUUCAACAGUGGCACCUCAGGGGGAGGUGUAACCUCUCUGCCCGCGUCCUCUCAGAAGCGAUUAGACGACAACACCGGCCGGUUCACCAACGCCAAUUUCCAGGAAGUGUCGUCCGCUCUCUCUGGGGGUACCUCCAAGGAAGGCCUGGCCGCAGACACGGCCAAGGCGGCACCUGAGGGAAAGAACAAGAAGAACAGUGGCGGCGCUCACGCGGUCGUACAGAGGGGCGGCCGCAAGUCUCUCACCUCGACAGGGAAACCGUUACCCUCAGCGGUGGUCACCAUGGCUACCUCCUCUACAUCUGCCUCCGCUUCCACAGGGCCUUUCCAUCAAGGCCUGCUGUUGACCAGUGCCAGCAAAGCUCCCGCUGCCCCUUCCUCCUCAGACUUCCUAAGUUUCACGGACUCAUCGUUGCGUCCCGGCGGUGGAACUUCUUUUUCCUCCCCGCCGUCUUUCAGCAGCUGUCUGGUCAAGUCUAGCUCUGAGGGCGGCGCAUCAGAGGGAACCACGACUCUCUUCGGUUCUCUUAUGUCUGCGACCACCACCUCUGCAGCAGUCGGUGGAAAGCUGUAUGAGAACUCCCACAGUCAUGCAGCAAGCGAAACGGCGAGCCUUGUCGGAUCGACGGCCUACAAGCGAUCUCAGCCCGCCAGCAGCGGGUUGGGGAUGGGCGCCGUGGCUGCAGCGGGAGGGGAAGACGGCGUGAAGAAGAAAAAGAAGGGCAACUGGCGAAACAGAUUCGGACCUUGCUUUACCACAGACACAAAGCCCUCCGAGGCAGCUCCAUCCCUAACGCUCCCCACCUCCUCCUCUGCAGCCAGCGUCACCUCCUCCUCCACAGCCUCCACCGCCUCCUCUACAUCCUCAACGCUCCCAGGCCGACCAGGCUUGGUUUCCAGCAGCGGAUUAGGAGUGGGAAUUGGAGGAGGAGAAAGGGGACUCGGGGUCAUGGGCGUUGGUGGUGGCAUUCAGAAAUCCCCGUCACUCCUCAGGAACGGGAGUCUGCAAAGCAACAGCAGCUCCACAACCACUGGCUCAGGUGUCUUCUCUGCCGCCGAUGGGUCGUCGUCGGGGACAUCAGCCAUCGCCAUGGGCGGGGCCAGCACUGAGUUGUCACAGCAACAGCAGGCCACACCUUCCCUAGCGCCUCCCUCUCCAUUCAGCGCCUCGGCACCGCUCAACAGCACAGCCUCCACACACGCUCUGCCGGGCUCCGUGUUCAACCUGGCCCCCCCACACAUGUUCGGCAACAGGCUGAACCCCAACUCCACCAUGGCAGCUCUCAUCGCUCAGUCCGAGGCCUCACCAGCAGAUCAGGAGGUGGGAGACGGCAGCGGCGGAUCUCAGGGUUUCUCCAUAAGAGCUUCUCCUAAGACCACCCCGCGCUCUCCCAUUGGCGGCCUGCAGAUCCGCUAUGACUCCUCAGGGUCGUUGCCGGGGCCAGGGCUGGGGUUGCUAGGGGCCGGGGGAGGUGGCUGCGGGGAGACGCUGCCCCCGGUGGCCACCAGCAUCGAGCAGCUCCUGGAGAGACAAUGGAACGAAGGCCAGAGCUUCCUGUUGCAGCAGGGAGCACAAGGCGACGUGGUGGCCAUGUUGAAGUCCCUCCACCAGCUGCAGGAGGAGAACAGGAGGCUGGAGGAGCAGAUUAAGACCCUGACAAUGAAGAAGGAGAGACUCCAGCUUCUCAGCGCACAGUUAUCAGUGCCUUUCACCCCGAUGACUGCUUCCUCGGGUGAUGUGAAGGGAUCCCACCUCGGAGCCACAGACUCAUCUUUACCUGUGGCAGCUCAGGACACUGCGUCAUACGGAGGUCACAGCAGCAGCGGCUCCACCUCCUCGCUCUCUGCCUCUCCCUCCAUCUCCCAGAGCCCACCUCAGCCGGCGCUCAACGGCAUUGCCACCACGGCCGGGGUGGGUGGGGUUGCGGGGCUGAUGGGCGCUCUAGGUCCAGGAAGCGCGUUGGGAAUGGGUGGAAUCGUCGGAGCGUUGAACGGAGUAAUCCAAGCGCCAGCGGGGCCCGGCAGCCCUCACACUACAGGAGCGUCGACGGGCGUCACGCUCCCCGUUAAUAGCAGCGCCGCUCGCCUCGGCCUGCUGUCUGAGCAGCAAAGACUGCUUCUGCAGCAGCAUCAGCUGCAGCAGCUGCUGUCCUCACAGUCUUCAGCGGAUCAGCAGCAGCAGGCGUUGCUACUCCAGCUGAUACAGCAGCAGAAGCAACACCAGGACCUCCAGCAGCUGCAGUCUCUCUCCUCCACGACCCAGAUCCCCUCCAUGCCGCUCUCUAACGCUCAGCUGCCUAUCGCCAACCUGCUGCCCAGCACCCAGGGCCAAGGCGCCAUCGCAGCCAACCCCUUCCUGACGCUGCAGCACGCGCACACCGACACGCACGGUCCGGGGGCGGGGAAGCCCCGGGUAGCAGAGAAAGCCGUGGGCAUCGCAGGCCAGGAGAAGACAUGACACUCUUUUGUUUUUGAUUGUUUUGUUUUUUUUCUCUUCAAUAAAUAUGCAGAAAUGUAAGAUCAGCAUUUUGGUCAACUUCAGAAACCCAUGUUUCUGUUGAAGUAUUCUUUAAAGUACUGCCAUUCGUCUUGUAGAGUUCCUCGCUCACUCAAACUGGGCCAGCUCACUUUGGUUCUGCAGCUUUUUCUGGUAUAAAACUUGACCCUGAAAUCUGUUUAUAUGUGUGCUAUUUAUUUCAAUCUAACUUAUAGUUUUGUUCUUUUUAACCGUAGAGCGGCUUUCUUGGUUCCUAUUGUCUUUAGUUGGGUUUUAAUUUAAAAAGUUAGUGUCUUUUCCUCAUAUUUUACGUCUUUUAAAUCAUCUAAAAGGUGAGUUUCCAAGAAAGUUUAAAGUUAAUUGUUCCUGUCAUAAUUCUGAUUCUUGCUUCCUCUCUUCUUGGCUUCUUCUCAUUUCUGUCAUGAUGUUUGACUCUCAGGGGCCUCCGCUAACCAGAGCUGUUAGCUCAACAGCCAAGCUGGCAUACAGACCACUGCUAACCUAAAAAAAAAAAAAAAAAACUAGCAGCAAUACAUGAAUGAGAGUAAAAAUACACUUCCCUGGAAUAGCACUGAACAGUAGCAGGUGUAUGUUUGACAUCUGUCUCUCAGCAGUCCCGAGGGGAAUAUUGGGUCAGCGUUGUGAAACAAAAAAAGAGAUUGCCCACAUGUUCUGGCUGCUGCCUCUCUCCCCACGUCUCUUUCACUCUGUGUGCUGCAGAUUCAUUAAUGUCAGCGAGCGAAGCGUCUCACUGUCACCGCAGAAGCCUUGCUGUUGACUGUCUCUUUUCCGGGCCCGAUAUGGGGGGGCUCUGUCAGGGAUGUGAACCGCUUAGAUUGUUUUGGGAUGCUGUAAAUCCACAUAGCUUGGAGUGUAAAAACUAUGAGGUCAUGCAGUUUGUCAGCAAAUAAAGCCUUUUUCCUGUCCCAUCUUCCUGAUUGAGCCCCCCCGGUUGCACCUACCUCUUCGAGCAGAACCUAAAAGGCUAACCAUGGUGGCCACUUUAAAGAACCCACAACAGUCAGGACUGGCCGAUCAGGGCCCAAACCCAAGUGCCUGAUGCCAAAGGCAGGGAGGGUGGGGUUCAUUUUCACAUUGCUAAUUUUUUUUUUUUACCUCGCUCCUGGUGAUUACGCUGUGCUGUUAAAGGCACCGGAUUUAAGAGAAACAGUUUCCAGCUCUAUUAAUAGAAAAAAAAAAUUCUGCUACAUUCUUUAAUAUAAAGAAAAACAACUUUUAUGUUGUUUUUUUAUUUAUCUGGAGUGUUUGUGUACUGUUCGUAAAAUGAUAUAUUUUAGAAAAAAACUCACUGGUUUUUGCGAUUUAACAUCCUUUUGUACUACUGUGUAGUUUUGGUUUUUUUUUGUCCUCAAACACAGUCUGAUUUUGCUGUAAACUUCCUCUAAUGACGUCUGCUCUGUGUCAUGUGUUUGAAAGCUAGAAGCUAUUUAAUAGUUGGUUGAUUUGGGGGUAAACGGGGUUGGGGGGUGUAUAUAGAUGCUUGUAGGGGGUGUGGCACAGUCUUUACCUCGUCUAGUGUACAUAAACCUUUGUCAUUGGCCGUCUGGUGUACAUAGGUGAUUGUGAAUGGCCAUGAUGCCAAUGAAACCUGAAGUUGGUGUGUGAGAGAAUGUUUUAGGACCAGAAAAAUAAGAUUAACAGUGACUGGACACACAAAAGUAUUAAUUUAUUUUUAUAUGUGCAGGGACAUUGUGGUUCUUUCAUUUUUAAGGUUUGCACCGGUUCAUUGAUUACUGUUUUUUUUUUUGUUAUGUUUUUUACUCCGGGGCACUAUGUUUUCAUUUGUCCACACAAAUGUGUUUCAAUAAGUUUUGUAAAAGAGGAAAAUAAUUAAGGUGGGAGUUGGGUGAGGAGUGGGAUCUCAUAUUGUAUUUCAAAUUGCAAAAAAAAAUAAAAAUAACCUCUGGUUUGAGAAA